AUGAAGUUCACUCUCGCUUCCGUGGCGGCCCUGAUUGGCGCUGCUCAAGCCAUCAACGUCCAGGUCGUCUCUGUUGGUCGCAACCCAGUCAACAACGUCACCGGCCUCAAGUUCUGGCCCGAGAAGAUCAAGGCUGAGCCCGGUUCCAUGGUUCAGUUCCAGUUCCUCGCCGGCAACCACACCCUUACGCAGUCCGAUUUCGACCACCCGUGCAAGCCCAUCAAGGAGGUCAACCCCAGCGCCCUGGGCAUCUUCUCAGCAUACAUGCCCGUCGCCGCCAGCGCAGCCAAGAAGGAGAUUCCAGUCUUUACUGUCAUGGUCAAUGACACUAAGCCCAUGUGGUUCUUCUGCAGCCAAGGUCCCCAUUGCGAAAAGGGCAUGGCCAUGGUGAUCAACGAGAACACCAGCGCCAACGCUUCUCGGUCUAUUGAGGAAUACAAGAAGCUUGCGGCUGAGGCUGCUCCGGGCGGCUCGACAGAGGGCGCCACUCCCUCGGCUGAGUCUGCUGGCACAACCCCCGUCGGUGCCGCUUCAGGUUCACCCUCAACGGGCGGCGCAUCCGUUGCCAGCGUAUCUAGCUCGAUGCUACUUGCUCUCGGUGCUGUUUUCUUGCUGUUGUAG